GAGCCCGUGCCCCUCUCCCCCAGGCCAUGGCGGCCCCCGAGCCGGACCCCGCGGCGCCCGGGCCGCGCCCGCACCGCUACCUGCUCAUCGACACGCAGGGCGUGCCCUACACGGUGCUGGUGGACGAGGAGCCGCCGCGGGCGCCCGCCGCCGCCGCGCGCACCAAGGGCUACCGCUGCCCGGUGUGCGCCCGCGUGUUCGAGUACGUGUCGUACCUGCGGCGCCACAGCGUCACGCACUCGGAGGCCAAGCCGUUCGCCUGCGACUCGUGCGGCAAGGCCUUCAAGCGGGCCAGCCACCUGGCGCGCCACCGGGCCACGCACCGCGCCGGCGGCGGCCGGCCCCACGGCUGCCCGCUGUGUCCACGCCGCUUCCGGGACGCGGGCGAGCUGGCCCGGCACCGCCGCGCGCACUCGGGGGAGCGCCCGUUCCAGUGCCCGCACUGCCCGCGCCGCUUCCUGGAGCAGGACACGCUGCAGAAGCACACGCGCUGGAAGCACCCGUGAGGGCGGCGCACGGGGCGCUGACCCCCGCUGCCCACCGCGCCGGGCGCUGCCCACGGGACCCCCGCUGCCCUCCGCUGCCCACGGGCCCGGACCCCCGCUGCCCUCCGCGCCGGGCGCUGCCCACGGGACCCCCGCUGCCCUCCGCUGCCCACGGGACCCCCGCUGCCCUCCGCGCCUGGCUCCGGGGUCCCCGCCCUCCACUCCUGGCGCCUGGGCGGGCGCAGCGCCGUUGUAAUAAAC